CAUGAUCAUAAUUAUGAUAAAGGUUAAUUUAAUUUUUAAUUUUCUUUCCCUAAAUAUCUAAAAGUAUUCAUAUUCUCUUCAUGUCAUAUUAUGCUCCUUCCAGUGCUGUUGUUUUUAGGUUAGAGUUUUUAUCCAAUCAGAAUUCAGCUAUCUUAUGUUGCCAGGCUGUAUGAAAUCUGCCCGGGCCUUCAGAAUCAACGAUGCGGGCGUCUGUGCACUGUAAGUGAACGGGCAAAUACAGUUGAUAGAUAGUUGCGAUAGCCAAUCGGAUCACGAGUUGUGUCAGUAUGGCCCUCUAGCUGGCCUCACGUUGAACGUGACAUUUACGCGUCCUGUGAUUGGAUAUGGAUACUUACUAGUUUGAGCCACGGCAGUGCUAUGCAGAUCAACAGAGUCACACCCGGCCGGGACUGUUAACGGUAUGUAAAUAAUCUGGCGCAUUGGCGCAGCUGUGGGGUUGUACUCAAAGCAACAAGUCACAGAAAGUCGUGAUAUGUCACGUUUUGACAUGAAAACGUUUUUUUACAAAGAGACUUGUUUAUUGUGUCGCUGUCGCCAAAGUAUGGCCGUCUUGUUAGUGUCUUUCUGAUAUUAAACUGCGAUUUUGCAAUGUAUUGUACAAUCUUGUUAAAGCUUGCAUAUUCUUUGUGGACUCAUUUAAUCAAACUUUUUGGAAAGAUAAUUUUAAAGACCCUUUUAUUUUUAGCAUAUCAGAUAUGUUUUAAUUGCUGAUGCGGUAUUGUUGAUUUUUAAAAUGCGCCGGAUAAUAGCCCAUUUUGUAAACAACUGAGGUGAUGCAAUGCCUAGUAGUGCUUAAGUGUGUUUCUAACUACUCUCCAGUCCUGGUGUUAUAAAUGCUGGCAAAAUGAAAGGUAUUUAUUGACUAAGUUAGACAUCACUGAAGGCCUAAGUGUGAAAUGCACCGCCCGCCACUGUUUGAUAGGUAUAUGUUUGUUCAUUUAUAUCUACUUUUGCUGCAGUAAAUCUUCACUUGUAAUGGAGUAUUACACCGUAGUAUUUCAACUUUUACUUCCAUAUGUCAGAAAGUUAUUAUAAAUCACUGUCAGUAUCAUAUGACAGUUUAGAUCACUUCCUGCUGUUUUUAACAAGUAAAACUAAGGUUGAACAGACUUUGAGGACGAGUCGGAGAGAUAUGAAUCAAGCGAGGAAACAAAGAUACGGCUGUCCUGGAAUGUAGAAAAACUUGAUGACUCCUCCCUGUGUUGUGUAACAACAAUGAAGCUGAACACUUGAUAAGAUGCUCACAAGUGAGUCACAGUCAGACAGGCUUCGUCUCUGAGAGGUGAAAUGGCGCAGAAAGGAGUUCAGCUGGACCAGGAGACCAUCUGUUGUUCGAUCUGUCUGGAUCUACUGAAGGAUCCAGUGACUAUUCCCUGUGGACACAGCUACUGCAUGGACUGUAUUAAAACCCACUUUGAUGGAGAGGAUCAGAAACCCAUCUACAGCUGCCCUCAGUGCAGGAAGGACUUUGCAUUGAGGCCCGUCCUGCUGAAGAGCACCAUGUUAGCAGAAUUAGUGGAGCAACUGAAAAAGACCGGCCUCCAAGCUGCUCCUGCUGCUCACUGCUAUGCAGGACCUGAAGAUGUGGCCUGUGAUGUCUGCAGCGGGAGAAAACUGAAAGCCUUCAAGUCCUGUCUGCAGUGUCUGGCCUCGUACUGUGAGCAACACCUCCAGCCUCAUUAUGAAUCGCCUACAUUUAAGAAACACAAGCUGGUGGAGCCCUCCAAGAAGCUGCAGGAGAACAUCUGCUCUCGUCAUGGUGAGGUGAUGAAGAUUUUCUGCCGGACUCAUCGCCAGUCUAUCUGUUAUCUCUGCUCUGUGCAGGAACAUAAAGGCCACGACACGGUCUCAGCUGCAGCAGAAAGGAGCGAGAGGCAGAAAGAGCUGGAGGUGAGUCAACUCAACAUCCAGCAGAGAAUCCAGGGCAGAGAGAAAGAUGUGAAGCUGCUUCAACAGGAGCUCGAGGCCAUCAAUCACUCUGCUGAUAAAGCAGUGGAGGACAGUGAGAAGAUGUUCACUGAGAUGAUCCGUCUCAUGGAGAAAAGAAGCUCUGAGGUGAAGCAGCAGGUCAGAUCCCAGCAGGAAACUGAAGUGAGGGGAGUCAAAGAGGUGGAGGAGAAGCUGCAGCAGGAGAUCAGAGAGCUGAAGAGGAAAGACGCUGAGCUGACGAAGCUAUCACAGACAGAGGAUCACAACCAGUUUCUCCACAGCUACCCCUCACUGUCAGCACUCAGCCCGUCUACAUCCAGCAUCCAGAUCCGUCCUCGCCGCCGCUUUGACCACGUGACAGCAGCCGUGUCACAAGUCAGAGACAAACUGCAGAACGUUCUGGGAGACAAAUGGACAGACGUCUCACUGGCUGAAGUGAAUGUUUUACUGCCGACAGCAGAGCCAAAGACCAGAGCUGAGUUCUUACACUAUUCACGUGAAAUCACUCUGGAUCUAAACACAGCACACAGACUGCUGGUAUUAUCUAAAAACAACAGGAAAGUAACAUUAAAGUCUCGGAAGAAGUCUUAUUCUGAUCAUCCAGACAGAUUCACUGGAUUGUAUCAGGUCCUGAAUAGAGAGAGUCUGACUGGACUUUGUUACUGGGAGGUGGAGACGAAAGGGAGCGGAUUAUUUUGUGUAGCAGUCUCAUACAAGAACAUCAGCAGAGCAGGGGAGUCACAUGACUGUGAGUUUGGAUCUAAUAACAAUUGUUGGGCGUUAAAAUACUACAAAAACAGUUAUACAUUUUGGUACAACAAAGUCUGCACUCCCGUCUCAGGUCCUCCGUCCUCCAGAGUCGGAGUGUACCUGGAUCACAGUGCAGGUAUUCUGUCCUUCUACAGCGUCUCUGAAACCAUGACCCUCCUCCACAGAGUCCAGACCACGUUCACUCAGCCGCUUCACGCUGGAGUUCGUCUUCAUUGGUCAGGCGACUCUGCUGAGUUCUGUGAACUCAAAUAAACAGAAGUGCUUUAAGGCAGGUGGUCUCAACCUUUUUCAGACCCCUGACAAGACAGAACAUACUGAGGACCCCUCAUGUGUCCCUGUGAAUAAUUUAACUUCUGUAGUUUAGUAUGUGAAAUAAAAAUACAAAUGAACUGUAUUAGAAUGAUUUCA